CAUUAUGAUGAUGAUCGUCUUGACAUUCCAAGUUCAGAUGAAUCUCCAAUCAAGACGGAUUUGUUUGGCAGUGCAAGGGAUGCCGUGUUAAACAUUGUUAGAAAAGCAGCUCUUGUCUUGUCUGGAAAGGAACAAAAGAUCAAGGAAGAUAAAGAUGUGGCUACUGAACCCCCAACAGAAGUUCAAAGCUCUGACACUGAAGUCAAGCCUGUGACUAAUUACUCCCUAUCUGGCAGCACAAUAGGUAACCUGACUGAGGAUUGUAGGAAGAAGAUUCUGUUACCUCAUGGUGUAAACAUGUUGAUUCCUCAUCUAUUUACUUGUGAUCUCUGUAACAUCCACAACAAACUGCAUGCUGAUGUAUCAAGUCUAGCAUGUCGGUUUCUACACGUUAUGUUAGGACCUAAGGCUCUUGACGAACUGUGUUGGCUGUACAGUGUUCGUCAACCAGUGGUAGAUAAGGAUACUAAAUGUGAGAAAGAAACCGCACCAGAGCUUGGUAAUAACGUAGAAGAAAUUCUCUAUUCUACUGCAACUUUGUCUUCCUCUGGACUGGCUGAGUCAACAGUUGUUAUGCCAGAGAGUGUUAUUCCCAAGCUGACAACACAAAACACCAGUGGAAGUUCUCCAUAUGAUCAAUCAUCCAUUUUAAGUCAUUCUUUAGGAGAUAAAAAUCUUAGUGACAUCCAAGAAAAAAUUCAACCAACUCAAACUUUCCCAGAAAGCAAUAAGGUAUCUCAGCAGAUUGGCAGUGAAGAAGUCACUAUUCUUUUAAAGGACCAAUUACAACCAGAGUUUGAUAGGGUGCUUUACACUGAAGAAACGAGUUUAUAUUUCAUACUUACCCUAUCCGUUGCAUCUCGCGCUGUAUCAUUUAAUGCUCCAAUGGUUCGAUCAAAAGCUUUCUGCAUCUCCUCCAUGUGGCGACGAUAA